AAUAAAACUUUCUUUCUAAUAGGCCCUGAAACCAAAUGUAAGUAUGUCCAGCCUCAAAAAGUGGGAUUACUAUGUAGAAGAGAUUUUGGCUACAGGUCCUUCCUAUGACUGGAAUAUGGUGGCUGCAAAAUGCAGUGCUUUAGAGGAAGCUGACCAAACAGAUGGUUCAGUCUCUCAGAGAAAGAGGAAAAUAGUGUGGCCAUGUUAUGAUGAUGUUAAAAAUAUACAACCUGAUGCCAUCAGCAGCCUUUUAAAUGAAAUUGAAAGAUUGGAAAGCAAAUUAAAUCAGAGCCCAGAAAGAUGGCAGCUUUUGUGGGAAAGGGUCAAAAUGAAUCUAAAGGAUGACACUAGACAAGACAAUCUUCAGAGACAUCCUUCUGGCUCCUCAGGGAUGAUGUCAGCUAAUCUGCAUUCCUAUCAAAAGAGAUCUUUGUUGGAAAUGCCUGACAAUGGGCUGGGUGAGGAACAGAGUGCAAGCUUAUCUCCCUCCAAUGGAGUAGAUAGGAGAGCAACUACACUAUACAAUCAUUUCACAUCAAAGAAUGAUGAAAAUAGAUCUUUUGAAGGUACGCUAUACAAAAGAGGAGCUUUGCUGAAAGGCUGGAAGCCCCGCUGGUUUGUGCUGGAUGUGACCAAACACCAGUUACGAUACUAUGACUCUGGUGAAGAUACAAGCUGUAAGGGUCACAUAGACCUUGCAGAAGUAGAAACAGUGAUUCCUGCUUCUCCAACUAUUGGAGCCCCAAAACAUGCAAGUGAAAAAGCAUUUUUUGAUUUGAAGACAAACAAACGUGUGUAUAAUUUUUGUGCCCAAGAUGCACAGAGUGCUCAACAAUGGAUGGACAGAAUCCAGAGCUGCAUUUCAGAUGCUUAGAAAGGAAUAACAUUCCAUGAUCAAGAUAUGUUUAAAGCAACUCUUUUUGUAAGAUGUGUUCUGAAAUGUUGCUGACAACCAGUCUUCCUUACAUUUCAGCUAUAGACAUUGAUAAUAUGCUGAAGUUUCUUUUCUGUUUAAUAAUUAUAACCACUGUAACCAUUUUUUUUUCCUGCAGGGAGGACUUUGAAAAAUAAUAAUUCAUUUAUCCUGAAUUUCCACUUUCUUCAGUACAAUUCCUAGCUAGAAAAGUGAGCCAUAUUUGCACUAUUUUCUAAUCCUGAUUUUCUCAUUUCAGAGUUGCUCUGAUAAGGAAAGCUGUCCAAAGUAGCUUGUAGAAAUCUCUACAGCAGAAAGUCUAUUUUCUCCUUAUUUAUAUUUUUAAACAGAAAUCCUUAUUUCCAAGGUAGUCAUUGAUAAGAGGAAACAUGUCUACAAUUCCUAAAAAGAAAGAAAGAAACAAAGCUUGUUAGUCCAGUAACAUAUAUAUCAGAUUGUUGAUAUUUAAACUGUUGAUAUUUUUUUAAGACCAAAAAAUGAAAUUGCCAGGUAACAGAUUUUCAAUUGUCUUCUCAGCAUGCAGGCCAGUCUUUAAUCUCGUGCUCUACAGAAUGCUUCAGCAAUGUUGUUAUGGAAUUUCAAGUUCUAGGGAUUAUCUGAAGAUCAUAGCACUUUCUUUUUAGAUUCUGUUUGCUAUUAUGAUGGGAUAUGUGAAAGAAAUCUGGCUGACACUAUCAUAGAGAUACAGGAAAAAGACAAACUAGGAAUUUGGUAGAAGGAAGAUCUCUUAAGUGUGAGUUGUAUAUGUUAAUUUAUAUGCUGUUCUGCUCACUGUAAAAUAAAAAAUAACAAACGUGAUGAUAAUGCACUAAACAGUGGAGCAAGCACUUGCACUGAAAUCUUUAAAAUGCUCACAUUUUGAAUGACAGGUAAGUUAUUUAUAGCAGAACAAUACUAGCUAGUUAACAUUUACAGUUAUUAAAUAUGUAAAUAAUCUGGUUUGAUGUGUUGUGAUUUGAUACUUUUUAAACAUUUUUGCACAUAAAUUGGAAGACUGUUUAUAGAUUUUUACAUUUGAUAAAAUUGUGUUUGUUCAACUUAAAAUCUUGGGAGAAAUGUGUUUAAUAACCCCAAAUUAUUAAAAGUUUUACAGUCUACAAAUAGUGAUGACAUUGAGUAGAAUCUGUAGGUAACUAAGCCAUUGUUUUUAUUUUGAUAUGUUAAUAUGUUAAAUAGCACACUAAUAUUACAAAAAAUGUAUAUAUGAUUCAGUAUUUUCUCAUUUUUUUUCCAGACAUUCUGCUUAUAAUUUAAUGUCAGCCUAAUCAAACUGACUAUACUUAUACAAUUUUUCAGUUAUUAAUUUUUUGUUUGUUUUUUAUAACUAAUGUAUUUUGUCAGAAAGGAAUAUAAACUUCACUUCGCAUACACAAUAGGAAAUGCAGCUGUUUUUAAUGCAUUUACAAUUUCAAAACAAGGAAAAUGAAGGAUUUUUCUAGCAUUUUUCAAUUGACAAAUUUCCACCUGUGACAAUGGUGUUUGCACAUUUGUAUGUUUCUUUGUAUAUGAAGUACUUUUAUAUGUACUUUGUAAAAUACUGAUCCUGCUAUUAGGUUAUAUGAAAAUUUACAUAUCACUUCUUAUUUUGUAACUAGUUCAUUUUAACUCUUGUAUGUUCUGUGAUAUAAUCAUCUUGUAAUAAAUACACUUCUUAAGUAAAACCCUUCCUUUUACUGUAAAAAGAGAAAUCAGCAAGACCCACAUGUUGAAAUAUUUCCACAGGCACAAGACAAAUCCUUAUUUACUCUGUAUUAAGAAUUGUAUGGUCUUUUGUAUACUUGUACAUAUUCUUACACAAGAGUUGCACUUCAGCAUCCUUAACUCAAACACUUGCCAACAGUAACAUUAAAGACUAAAGAAAUCAGAAUUUAAAGCAAGAUUUUCAUUCUAACAAGUCUCAAUGUAUGGCCUUUAUGAAAAGACUAAAUAUGUAACAUUUGUACUAAGUUGUUGAAUAAUUAUGUUAAAUAUUAGGAAAAAAAAGGGAAAAAAAGAUUUUUCCUAUAUGCUCUCACAACAUAAAUCAGCCACGUACUUUCACCAUGAAACAUAUCUCGCUCAUUUAUGUCACCUUAUUCAUAAGCAAUCUAGUAUGAAAUAAUUAAAAUACAAGAAAUGAUAAGAUCUUAUUGGAGAAUAGGCAUCUAAAUUGAAUUCCUGAGUGUAGUGUGGGUUAGCAGAGUUAAAAUGGAAAGGGAAUGUGUGAUGGAGGUAGGGGACUUGUGACAAUUCUUAAAUGCUGUGGUGCUUAGAGUUUGCAUAUUGAGCUUGGCAUGAAUGCUAAUGUUGCCUUAAAUGUUGAUCUCAAUUUUUAGUGUCUGUAUUGAUGGAAAAUGGACUUGAGCAACUUAACUUAAAAAUAUCCAAAUAAAAGCUGAAAUGAGAUAUCAA